AUGGAGGCUUCAGCCAACAUCCACACUCCCCUCAGCGACUCCGAGAACAACAUUGCACCACAUGUUAUCUUAGACCUUCGGGCCCAGGCUAAGUCGCUGGAGUUCUCCAGUGACGGGCAUCUCUUUGCUGCAAGCUGCAACUGUGAAGCAGCAUUAUGGGAUGCCAAAACCUUUUCUCUCAUCUGCAACCUUGACGUUCCCAGCAAUGAAGGGCCUCUGUAUACCUCGUUCACUCCUGAUGGUCGGGCCAUCUGGCUCGCGUCGGAAGAGGGCAUCAUUGCUCGGCAUGGCAUCUUAUCCUACGCUCAUAACAUACCGCCUAUUCGGACCAGCUACACUAUCUCCUGUAUCAAGUCCUCUCCAGAUGGCAUGUAUCUAGCCGUGGCCAUUAAGUCUUCUGCGACGCUCUUAGACUCUACCACCAGCGAUGCCCACGAUGUCAAAUCAUCCGUCAAGUUAUAUGAUUGCAUGGGACAAGAACUCGCAACACUCGUCGCUGGCGGAAGUGAUGACUACAUCUGUUCACUGUCUUUUACUGCUGACGGUGAAAGAUUAACCGGUAUCUCAGAGGACGGCGCUAUGUUUGUCUGGGACACCGAUUCGCGUACACUGGUAGCUGGCCCUUUUCCUCAGCCCGCUCCUGCUUUCCAAGUCGCCUAUUCUUUGGGGAAUGACCUUGUUGCUUCAGCUGGACCUACGGGCCAAAUCAAGGUUUGGAAAAAACACAUAGGACAAGAGAAGGUGACCCCGCACAUUACCUGA